CCAGGCUACACUGCCGAGGCGUCGGAGUCACCCAAGACCCGAAUGUGAGCAUCUUUUUUCCCCCCUUUCUGCGCUUCCAGCUGUAGUUGAGACUUUGUGCGUCGUCGCCUCUUGGCGCAGUUUGCGUUGCAGGUGCGUGAAGAAGGAGCGCGAGGACAGAUGGCUGCGCUGACGAUACAAAGGACUGACAACUUUUUGCACACCUUUUUACAGGACCGGACGCCCAGCUCCUCUCCAGAAGGAGCCCCGAACGCCCUCUCCUUCCUGGCCACCACCUGUAGCCAGGCCUGGCAGGUGGGAGGAUCUAUGGGCUCAGAAGGUUCCCAGUUCCCGUACGAGGGCACCGUCAGCUCCACAUCUGGAAUGUUUCAGCUCUGGAGCAAUGACAUGGCGCCCAGCACGGCCCUCAGCACGCACCAGAUGACCUUCACGGUGCCCAAGGUGCAGUUCCCUGGACACAUGCAGUCUGGCCUGGGUCAUCAUCACCAUCACCCCCAUCAUCACCACCACGAGCUUCCUCUCACCCCUCCGGCCGAACCGCCAUCUUCGUACUCGUUUGAACUCUCCCCCGUUAAAGUGCUGUCCUCACAGCCACAGGCCAGCGGCCCGUAUUAUCCGCAGCACAACAGUGUGGGACAGAACUUCCCCACCUUUCUCCAGAAUUCCUCGGCCAGGCAUCACCUGUCUGGAGGCCAUGUGGAGGAAGGGCAGCAGUGGUGGAGCCUACCCCAAACCAAUGCCGCCCCUUCCAACCAUCCCUUCUCCCUGGGCAGACAGCUAGUUCUGGGUCACCAGCCGCAGAUAGCAGCCCUUCUCCAGGGCACCUCCAAGGGUCUGCUGAGCUCCACACGCCGCUGCCGACGCUGCAAAUGCCCCAACUGCCAGGCGAACGGUGGGGGUUUGGAGUUCGGAAAGAAGAGACUGCACAUCUGCCACAUCCCGGAGUGUGGCAAAGUGUACAAGAAGACUUCUCACCUGAAGGCACAUCUACGCUGGCAUGCCGGGGAGAGGCCCUUCAUCUGCAACUGGCUCUUCUGUGGUAAAAGCUUCACCCGUUCAGACGAGCUACAGCGGCACCUCCGCACACACACUGGGGAGAAGCGGUUUGGGUGCCAGCAGUGUGGCAAGAGAUUCAUGAGGAGUGACCACCUCUCCAAACAUGUCAAGACCCACCAGACCAGGAAGAGCCGGUCAGGGCAGCCUUCACAGAGCACGGACCCUCUGCUCACCAAUAUCAAGAGAGAGUAA